GAGGUCGGGGGGUGGUGGCCGAGGCCCGGUUGGCCGCGCGCGGUGAGGGGCACGGCCGGCGGCCAAUGGUCGCGGCGGAGGGCGGGCUGCGGCCGGCGCCAGGCCCGCCGGAGAACGCCGGGCUGCAGCGCGUGGGCUGAGGGAGGGACGCCGGAGGAGCGGGCAGGGAGGCAGGCGGCGAGGGCCGCCCCAGCGCAUGGAGACCGUCAUGCCCUGCCACAACCAGCGGGUGGGCUCAGCCGCCGCCGUCGCUUCCUCCUCCUCUGAGCAGCCGGAGGUGGGCGGCGGGGUGGUGGCGGCAGGAGGCGGCGGCGGAGGCAGCGGCUCCCGGCAUCUCCGCUUCGCCGAGCCCGGCGGCGGCGGGAGCAGCCCCAGCCUGGACGGGAGCGGCGAGGGCCGCUACUGCUCGGCCAACCUCCACUCCCCAGACGCGGCGGCGGCCCCCCUGUCGCCCCCGGGCUCGGGGCCGCCGCCGCCGCCGCCUGCUGCUGCGCUCCCUUUGCCGGCGGCCGCCACCUCGCUCAAGCUGCUGCCCAUGAACGACCAGAUCCGGGAGCUGCAGACCAUCAUCCGGGACAGAACGGCCAGUCGGGGUGACUUUGUAUUUUCUGCCGAUCGGUUGAUCAGACUUGUGGUUGAAGAGGGCUUGAAUCAGCUGCCAUUCACAGAAUGCACAGUGACCACUCCAACAGGGUACAAGUAUGAAGGGGUGAAAUUUGAAAAGGGAAACUGCGGAGUCAGUAUAAUGAGAAGUGGAGAGGCCAUGGAACAAGGCUUGCGGGACUGCUGCAGAUCCAUCCGAAUAGGGAAGAUUCUGAUACAAAGUGAUGAAGAGACCCAGAGAGCCAAAGUGUACUAUGCAAAAUUUCCACCAGAUAUCUACAGGAGGAAAGUUCUCCUCAUGUACCCCAUCCUAAGCACUGGCAACACUGUGAUUGAGGCUGUAAAGGUUCUUAUAGAACACGGCGUCCAGCCCAGCGUCAUAAUCCUGCUGAGUCUAUUCUCUACACCCCAUGGUGCCAAAUCAAUAAUCCAGGAGUUCCCAGAUAUCACAAUUUUAACAACAGAAGUUCAUCCUGUUGCACCAACACACUUUGGACAGAAGUAUUUUGGAACGGACUGAAGUGCUUAAUCAGUUUGUGUUUUGUUACUGUAUACGACUAGACCAUUUUUUUCCUACGUUUUAUAAUUUUAAGUGGAGGUAUCUGGGUAUAUUUAACAUGUCUUGCCAAAGGUGAAAAUAGUUGACCUAGGCCAAUCUUUUUUAUUUCAAAGGGGAAAUAUUUGACCUUAUGUCCAGUUUUAAAACAACGAGUUGCGGGCAAUAAUGAGGCACAGCAGCCUACUACAGAAUUCUGAUGAUGCGUGUUUCCAAAUGGCUGCAUUCAAAGUUCCUUUAUUUAUUUAUUCUUCCAUAGCCAGUUUCAGUGGCUAUUUGCAACUGCAAAAUAAAACUGUGAAGGCACAACUGUA